AUGUCGUCUGUUUUGUCCAAAGUUACAGGUAAUGGCCAGGAUGCUGCUAAUCUCUGUGUGGUCAUCGGAAUUUCAAAAGCUGACUGUAGUGGCAGUGUUAUUUAUGCCCUGAAAAGAAACAACGACGACAGCUUUGAAGGUGAUCCAUUUCAGCUUCGUGAGGAGAACGGUCUCUACAUAUGGCCGAACGAGAAAAUUGCCGAAAACAGAAUAUCUUUCGGAUCCAUUUUGAGGUGUCAGAAGUUCGGCAAUAUCUCUACCUACGUUGGAAACACUGAAAGGUGUAAAAUGGUGGGUUUGAUUCAUGAUCGAUGAGUUGAGCAAAUAUAUAUGUCCCUACAGAAAUCCAAGCCUGAGAAAACAGCCCGACAUUUGGCGACGCUACCACUGGUUUGGGGUUUAUACUGGUAUCAUUCAAACAACAACAUCGCUGGAAGUCAAUUUCAGUACCCCACAAACAAAAUUUGUGGGGUACUGAAAUUGACUUAAAAUCAUGAAUGUCUUUGAUUAGCCGUUGAUUUUAACCUCGUUUACUGGUAUUUUAAUUCUGCUCUUGGACUUUUGUUUUCCCUUUACAUCAGCCAUGCAUUUGGCACACAAUCUAGCAAAUUGAAUUAGCUCCUUCUAAGUUAAGGCACUCUUUCUAACAAAAAAGGAAUGAAAAUAUUGGAAGAAAUAGGAGGGCAUAUGUUAUUUUUAAAAGUGAAUUUUCGAAUUGAAGACCAGGAGGCAAUUCAACACCUUUAAAUUUUCCAAUUUUGCAGAACGUCGAACAAAUACAAUUGGAACUUGCUUAUGGGGAGAAUGUUUACAGAAGCAUAAAGGAAGUGUGUCCCAAUGCUGUAUCAGGAAAGCAAAAAGGACUCUACUUGCAAACAAAACCAGAUAAGCCUAAGAUUAUUCUGGUCAGCCUGAAGUCUGGCAUCAUUAAAAAUGAAAGAAUCUACUUUCAUACGAAAGGAGAUGACCAUCAAAUAGAUUUAAAGCUUAACUGCAGAGAGCACUUGACGCUCUCCACUACUCCUGUCACUCUGCAAACUAGAAAGGUAACCGACGAGGAGGAUGUUGGAGACCUUGUGCUUAUAAAGUUUGGCACAACAGAUGUAUCUCUGAGAUGUCCAAUUUAUUCAGCUGUCUGUGAGGGCUUGAUCCUCAGUAAGUUUUUGAACUGUUAGUAUUAAAUAUGUAGACUGUUAUAUUUAAGUAAUACUAAUUCUUAAGAAACAGUAUAUGUAAGCUGAUAAAUGAAAACAUGUGUAUGAGAUACUCUGAUAACGUUUCAAAAGAGCUUGCUGAAAUAAGCUUAAGGGAGACACACAGAUGUUUUGUCUCACUCAGUCUCACAAAUUUAUAGAAUAUUUUAAUUAAUAAUAAAUGAAAGAGAACACAGUCCACUAUCUUUAAAUGGGCACUUCACCUUUAUAAAAGAGACAUAUAGAGAUGGUCCCCGCCUAAUCUUAUUAUUUCUCUUUUCCCUGUAUUCCUGACUCUCCAUUAAAGACAGACAUCACUCUUAGGUGGACAUUUUAAGUGCAGGUCCCAAAAGGUGUCCAUCUUAAAGAGAGUUGAAUGUAUUAUGUAUGAAUAAAAGGAACCAGUACUUUUGACAAAAAGCUACAUGUAGGAUCAAGGAACUUCCUAUACAUUAUGAGAAAAGGUAGGGCUGGAAACAAAAUGUGAAUUCCAGCUUGUCCUUUUUGGCAAGCAGGUCACAGAUUUUGCUUCCCUGGGCCACUUCUUGCUUGCCUUAGUCAAUGAUUUUGUUAGAGGACAGUAAGGUGAAAAAUUUACUUGCCCAGCAAGAAAUUUACUUUUACUGGACUACCGGAUGGGACUUUCCUCAAGUCCUGAAAGGUGACUUUACAAGAUAACAAUAUAAUACAAUAUUAUUAUCAGUGGAAGCAGCCCAGUGUUUUGUGGUUUACAUUAUUCCUAAUGGUCUAUUAAAAAACAGAGGAUAUAUUUCUAACAAAAGGAGACAGGAUCUUGGUACGGCCUUCUUCUUCUGAACUGUUUUGUUCCAUUGUGUAUUUUUAACAAGCGUUAUUACCCCUUUUAUUCAGAAUUCAGGCCACAAGUGAUAUCAAUUGAUGAGGAACCGGUGGAGAUAAGGAAUGGAGAUGGAAAGUGUGUCCUUGUGAAGAAAGUCAAGUUUGACACAGGCAAUGAUGGAGGCACGGCCAUAUCCAGUGAUUUUGUCCAACAGCUUGGCCUGGAGCCGGAUAGAAGUAAAAAGUUCUGCAUGGUUGGAAUUGGAGGUCCCGUGGAGUGCUUCAGAGUAAAGAUCUCUCUUUACAUUCGAAAACAUCAUUUCAAAGUUAAUGCCUUAGUGGGUGCUGUUACCCCUGGGACAGAUCUUUUGGUAGGAAACGAUAUCAUGGAAAAACUUGAUAAAGAAAACUAUACUAUCGGACAGUAA